CGUGGAAAAGACUGGCAUGAUAUCUGAAUGUCAAAAUGGCAGCCCACAUGACGAAAUGUAACCUGCAGCAGAUACUGAAGUCAUGCAUUUCGCACCACAGUCAAAGUUCACCACUGCUGGUUUUUGGAAAUAAGAAGAUGACGUUUGCACUGGUGACGUGUGCAUCGUUCCACUCCGGGAGGAGAGUGGCUAGCCAAGUACCCGUGUUAGCCGCUCGUUUGUUCAGAUGUCACAGACAGACAUCAGUAGGAGCUCCUGUGUUGUCAGCGAGGUGGAAUAGUUCAAACAGUGCAGCAUCUUCAGGUUUCAUCAGCCCACCCUCUGACUACAUUCCUCCAGCCCCACCCAUACCAGAGCCAACAUCUGCUACAUCGGAGCUAGUGGAAACCCUCAAUGCCCUCGGAGAACCUACACUGCAGUCAGUAGGUCUGGGCAGUUACUGGCCGUCUGGCAUAGUCCAGCAGGGGCUUGAAGCCGCCCAUGUCAGUCUGGGCUUGCCAUGGUGGGGAACCAUUGUCUUAGCGACGGUAUUUCUGCGAAUGUGUAUGUUUCCUGUUGUGAUCAAAGCCCAGAAGAUGUCCAUCAACAUGAUGAAUCACAUGCCCACUAUUCAGAGACUCCAGCUCAAGUUUACUCAAGCCAGACAGAGAGGGAAUAUGCUGGAAGCUAUGCAGUAUGGAGGGGAACUGGGAGACUACAUGAAGAGGAACAAUGUGAAGCCUUUUGGGCAGAUGCUGAUGCCAAUGUGCCAGCUGCCUGUAUUUGUCUCUGUGUUUGUGGGCCUGCGAGGGAUGGCCAAUCUCCCCGUGGAGAGUAUGAAGACGGGAGGGGUCCUCUGGUUCCCCGAUCUCACCGUCACCGAAGUCUUCUAUGGCCUGCCGCUCAUGACGGCCUUCACUUUUUGGCUCACAAUCGAGGCAGGAGUGGACGGCAUGAACCCUCAGGCCCAGACUCAUGUCAUGAAGUGGAUUCUACGAGGGAUGCCUCUAGUCAUGUUGCCGCUCAUCUCCAACUUCCCGACUGCGAUGCUGGUCUACUGGUUCACCUCCAACUCCUUCUCCCUGAUGCAAGUCAUGUUCCUCAAAAUCCCGGCCGUGCGGAAAUUCUUCAACCUCCCCGAGCGUGUUGUUCACCCGGUCACACCUGUGGAGAAGAAAGGAUUCCUUGAAGGUUUCAAAGAAUCAUACAGCAACAUGAAGGCGUCCCAGCAAGUUGCCGAGAGGCAGAGACUGGAUGAGAAAAAUUACCGUAAAGCCGCCCAGGGCCCCAUCAUCAAGACGUACGCAUACAAUCCCAAGAAAGUUCAAGGUUCAACUGCAGCGAGGAAGAAUGUUGUAGAUGAUAAAUCAAAAAAAUCCUAGAAUGUUCCUGAAAGAGAAAACUGUGUCCGUUUGGUUUAUUUUUUUAAAGAUCUGCAUCUACAAAAGUCUUUAAGAUGUCGAUUGUCAUGACAGUUGUUGACGGAGAAGUGAGGUCGAGAAAAUUGUCGUGUGAAGUUUGUCAAGUGAUGAGGGAACGUUUGUUAGAAUGAAAGUGGUAUUGGCUGAAGUGUGGGCUGUGAAGACUUUUAGUCUGUUUGUUUUGAGCUAGGUAGAGAAAGAUGGGAGAACAUAAUCAAUUGUCCUCUCAGUCACGUGAACAAUUAAGUCAAAGAAGUGAUAAGUGAGUUCUGUCUCUAAGCACCUGGUGUUGUUGGGGCAACUGCCUGUACUUGGGAGUGAGGUUUUCUAAGUAUUUGAGUAAUGCUGAUGAUGUACAUAACUAGAGUUUUGUUAUCCGACUUGUGCGACUGACUGCUUGUACAUAUUGUGAAAACAGUCAAUAAUAAACAACAUUUGGAAAAAGAA